AUGAAACGCAGUCCCAGCGCCUCAUCGAUGGGUCUCAGCCGGGGCGAAUCGAAUCGUGCCAGCAAUCGCAGUGUUCGCUCCGCUGUCUCAGUGAUGAACAGCAGCACCACAUCGCUGGGUGGCGGCACACGUGCCACAUCUGCGGUGCGACGCGAUGCCUCCGUGAACAAGCAAAAGGAGGCAGAGAUGGUCAUGUGGAAGCGACGCUCCACCUACGAUCCCAUGAAGGCAGCCGCUGAGGAUCGACGCCGCAAGGAAGAGGCACGUCGUGCCCAAAGUCAGAGCCAAGCACAGCGUCAGCUUAGCGAUGUGCCCGACGAGUUGCCAUUCGAAAGUACCCAAAGGCCGGCCAACAAUUUGACCAUUACGGGAAGCGUGAAUUACAGCCCAAGAAACUCAAUGGAAAACGACGCCUGGAUGCUUGGUGAAUCAUCAGAGUUUGGCGAGUAUCCCGAGGACUACGAUGAGGAUGUCGAGGAGGAUGAUGAAUAUGUUGCCGGUCAAGAGUCCGAUGAUGUAUUCGAGGCCGAAAGAGCAGAGGCAACAAGUUAAAAAGAAGAAGAGAAAAAGAGAAAAAAAAAAAUGAAGGAAAACCAGCAACAGUGAUAUCUUUAAAUCGAUCUAAUGAUCAUUAUGAAUAACAAUACGAGAACUCGUAUUAUGAAAUAUUGUAUUUGAUAGCAAGCGCAUUGCGAUUUAGUUAUAAUCUGAUCAGAUCUGAUAUCUGCUUAACUGAAUAAUUUAUAUGAAAUGAAGUAUAUAUACGUAUAUAGCAUAUAGAAGCAAGUGCGAAAUAAAAUGAGUGAAUGCUUUCUGAAAUAUCAUCAACAAA